CAAUAUAUUCACUUCAAACAUAUAAAUAUGAAUGCCCUUCGAUUUUCAUGUAUAUUUUUGUCAUUUUGGGUUAAUUUACUAUUCGUGUGCAGCUCACCUGUAUUAAUAUGGAGCGAUAGAGAAUCUAAGACAUUACCCCAAAUAAGCUUUGAAAAGGAAGAUUUGAUUGUUCUCAUAACUAAAAAUAAUUUUUCUAGCUUAGAUCUUGUAUUAUGGUCCAAACAGAGUAGAUUAUUAGAAAAUCAACAUAAUGUUCAUCUUGCAUUUAUCCAAAAUUUGUGUCACUCUAAAUCAGUUUUUAUGAAACCUAAUCAAAUAUCAGAGAAUAUUUUAUUGUCUGGUAAAGAGGAUAUUCCAAUGAUAUUAGCUAAACUAAACAAGGGAGUUUUUUUCCAUAUAACUCUUGAAAACAAUGAAAACUGCUUUGAAUUAUUAGAUUUGCUUAUCAUGAAAAUGCUGGAUAAACUUCACAAUAGUCAUCAUUUUAAAUUAAUAUUAAUGAAUCAAAAUGAAGAACAUUGCACAGUCAACGAACAUACCAAGGAUCCUGUAAUUGAGGUAAAUAGAAUUGCUAGGGCAAUUAAAGAUGGAAAUAAAGGAAAUAGUACUAGCUCACCUAAUGGACUGUUUAUAAAUGGAACUUGUGUAUAUGUUUACAUCGAGAAUGCCUCGCUUCAUAUCAAUAAACAAAAAAUUCCAAGACUAGUCGAAUCCAUUCCAUUAACCAACGUUGGCUAUCAUUUGUUAAAAGUGCCUGAAUGCAAGGAUGAAAAGAUUCAAAAUUUGAAAAUAAACUUCACCAAUUUACCAUCAGGAUUACAAGAGCUAAAUUUGGGGCUGACUUUUAUUAGGAGCAGCCGAAAUUAUUGGAAGCUCAUUAACUCCACGACGAAUGUUAUAUUGAAAACACCUCUAAAUGAUAUUAAGGCCAACGAUGUAAAUUUAAGAAUGCACUGCGAAUUGGGAGCAUACGUUAACCAUUCUUUUGUUUGUGAUGAUAUGCCCUGGACCGAAAAAAAUAAACCUUCCGAUAGAAACUUUCUCUUAUUGCACUUUAAAAAAAUUCAGGUUCAAGCGUUUGGCAUUCAUAAUAGUUCAUUUAGUAAACGCGUGAAUGAUUGUACUGGUUUCUUUUCGCCUUCAUUAUGGAUGGGAUUGUUUAGUUCGGGUGUCAUGGUGUCAGUUUUGGCAUUUGGUUUAUCCGUUCUGCUCUCAACUAAAUCGAUGGAUAGAUUUGACAAUCCCAAAACUGCGAAUGCUUUGAAUUUAGGAAUAUCUCAUGAUUAAUCCCUUCUACCUUGUAAAUUGAAUAGCGAAUAUUAUUAUUUAUCUGCGCGAUACCUGCUUUUAUGAUUUUAAUAUUAUGUAAAAAAAAUUAAUUACAUUUCGAAAAAAUUUUGAUUGUGUCAAAGAUUAUAUUUAUAUUAAUUUCAUUCCAACACAAUUCUCGAUUUUUUUAUAUUAAAUAAAUAUAUUGUUAUUAUAUAGUUCUAAUUUUGACAUAAUAUA